GAGGAGGAAGUGCUGGUCGUCGAGGGGUUGUUGAAUAUCUACUGGGGUCUGCGGCGACCAAUCAGACUGCAGAUGCACGACGACAACGAGAGACUCCAAUACGGAGGAGUCAACAGGUACACACACACACACACACUAGGCCUAUGUGAGUGCCAAUCAGUAAUGUCAAUCAUUUGUGUUUGUAGGAAUGAGAGAUCCCAGGUUCUUCCAAAGCAGACAGAAUCUAACAACAACAUACUCGACAGAACUACUGACCCUGCCUUGACCAGUAAGUACACACACACGGACAGACAGACGGACAUUUACAUUUUUAGUCAUUUAGCAGAUUCUCUUAUUCAGAGCGACUUACAGUUAGUGCAUUCAUCUUAAGAUACCCUAUAUAUACAAAAGUAUGGGGACACCCCUUCAAAUUAGUGGAUUCGGCUAUUUCAGCCACACCCGUUGCUGACAGUUGUAUAAAAUCGAGCACACAGCCAUGCAAUCUCCAAAGACAAACAUUGGCAGUAGAAUGGCCUUACUGAAGAGCUCAGUGACUUUCAACGUGGCACUGUCAUAGGAUGCCACCUUUCCUACAAGUCAGUUCAUCACAUUUCUGCUGUCGUGGAAAUUCUAACCAAUAAGGAGAGACUUUGUUAAUUCUUCAUACAAUCAAUACUUUAUUAUACGAAUUGCAAUAAGGAAGCUGGUCGACCCCACAGACCGAGGCUUAAAAUCAUACAGCGAAUACAGGGUCUUAUAUAGCAGACCUAAAAAUGCUUAGCCAUGGCUGGUUCCACCCCUCCCCAGAAGUUCGGGCAUCAUAAACUACCUUGUUUUCUUCCUGUGGCUAUGUGUAUCGGGUCAUAGUGCACAAACAAGUGAUAACGUUACUCCUUUCCGCUGACAGAAUUGUCAAAGGUGCUCAAGUCAGCCUCUGUUCACCUCAUAUCUCCACACAGCUGUGCCCUUGAAAGAUUUGAGAAUAACAGGAUAGACUGAAGAACUGUGGUCACUCUGAGAGGCUCUUUGUCUUAUGCUGUGUGACCAAGUUUCUCCGAAGCCCAGAUGGUUGGAAACAAUAAUAGGUCGGUUCUGUUCCUCAAGUUAUCUCUAUCUCGAGUCGCAAGUUAUUUCUGAGUCACCCCAUGUCCUUAACGAUACGCCCGGACCAGCUGCAGGGAGUAGAGAGGGGGGAACCAUCCUUUCUCAGAAGCACAGUAUUGCAAGUCAUGAAAAUCUCUUUACCAAUGUUAAGCAUAUAGUUGUUAACUAUCGAUAUAUAGUAAACAAGGCAGGUAAAUACGUUAAUUUCUCCUCUACACUGCCCUGCUAGAGCUGCCCCGGUCAACUGUAAGUGCUGUUAUUGUGAAGGAGAAACAAUGGCUCAGCCGCGAAGUGAUAGGCCACACAAGCUCACAGAACGGGACCACCGAGUGCUGAAGCGCGUAGUGCGUAGAAAUCGUCUGUCCUUGGUUGCAACACUCACUACCGAGUUCCAAACUGCCUCUGGAAGCAACGUCAGCACAAUAACUGUUCGUCGGGAGCUUCAUGAAAGGGGUUUCCAUGGCUGAGCAGGCGCACACAAGCAAAAGAUCACCAUGCGCAAUGCCGAGCAUCGGCUGGAGUGCUGUAAAGCUUGCCGCCAUUGGACUCUGGAGCAGUGGAAACACGUUCUCUGGAGUGAUGAAUCACGCAUCACCAUCUGGCAGUCCGACGAACGAAUCUGAGUUUGGCGGAUGCCAGGAGAACUCUACCUGCCCCAAUGCAUAGUGCCAACUGUAAAGUUUGAUGGAGGAUCAAUAAUGGUCUGGGGCUGAUUUUCAUGGUUCGGGCUAGGCCCCUUAGUUCCAGUGAAGGGAAAUCUUAACGCUACAGCAUACAAUUACAGUCUAGACGCUUCUGUGCUUCCAACUUUGUGGCAACAGUUUGGGGAAGGCCCUUUCCUGUUUCAGCAUGGCAAUGCCCCCAUGCACAAAGUGAGGUCCAUACAGAAAUGGUUUGUCAAGAUCGGUGUGGAAGAACUUGACUGGCCUGCACAGAGCCCUGACCUCAACCCCAUCGAACACCUUUGGGAUUAAUUGGAACACCGACUGCGAGCCAGGCCUAAUCGCCCAACAUCAGUGCCUGACCUCACUAAUGUUCUUGUGGCUGAAUGGAAGCAAGUCCCUGCAGCAAUGUUCCAACAUCUAGUGGAAUGCCUUCCCAGAAGAGUGGAGGCUGUUAUAGCAGCAAAGGGGGGACCAACUCCAUAUUAAUGCCCAUGAUUUUGGAAUGAGAUGUUCAUACCUUUGGUCAUGUAGUGUAGCUAAGUGGGACAACCACAUAUCACAGUCAUAGUAAGUACAUUUGUCCUCAAUAAGUAGCUAUCAGCAGUCAGAGCAACAACAACAACAAAAAAGCCUUUUUUUAUAGGUGAGUAGGGGUUGUGAGGGAGUUGCAGUUGGAUUAUUUCAGAUACUCUUUGAAGAGGUAGGGUUUCAGUUGUUUUCGGAAGAUGGACAGGGACUCUGCUGUCCUAGCUUCAGGGGGAAGCUGGUUCCACCAUUGGGGUGCCAGGACAGAGAAGAGCUUGGACUAGGCUGAAUGGGAGCUGACCCCCACAGGGGUGGGAGGGCCAAGAGACCAGAGGUGGCAGUGCUCUGGUUGGGGUGUAGGUUUUGAGCAUAGCCUGAAGGUAGGGACGGGCAGUUCCCCUUGCUGCUCCAUAGGUAAGUACCAUGGUCUUGUAGUUGAUGUGAGCUUCGACUGGAAGCCAGUGGAGUGUGCAGAGGAGCAGGGUGACAUGGGAGAACUUGGGAAGGUUGAACACCAGGCUGGCUGCAGCGUUCUGGAUAAGCUGCAGGGGUUUGAUGUCACAAGCGGGGAGCCCAGCCAACAGCAAGUUGCAGUAGUCCAGACGGGAGAGGACAAGUGCCUGGAUUAGGACCUGCGCCGCUUACAAUGUGAGGUAGGGUCGUACUCUAAAGAUGUUGUAGAGCAUGAACCUGCAGGAGCGAGUCACUGCUUUGAUGUUUGCAGAGAAUGACAGGGUGUUGUCCAGUUGCACGCCAAGGUUCUUUGCACUCCGGGAGGGGGACACUGUGGAGUUGUCAACUGUGAUGGAGAGGUCUUUAAGUGGGAAGGCCUUCCCCGGGAGGAAGAGCAACUCCAUCUUGUCGAGGUUAAGCUUGAGGUGGUGGGCCGACAUCCAGACAGACAAAACACACACACACACGUGUAAUCCUGCUCUAUCAAUCCUGUCACCUGCCGUAUUACUCUAUAAUUAAAUCUUCAGGAUACCCACCUGCUUCAGCACAUGUGCAGACAAACACAGAGACACCUGAGCAGGGAUUACGGCUUUAGAUAUGCUGCCAUGUGCACUUCCAGCUGGGAGGGGAUACCCACUUGAAAAAAAUAACUUUAAUUAGGAAACUGUUCUAAAUACAUAAAUACUUACAAAAAUCAUAUUUUUUCCACAAUAAAUAUUUGUAUACAUAGCUGUAAAUACAAUAUAAGUAUUACGGCCUGUACACACACUGUAUGAACAUUACUUUUGAGUUGGAGUAUGAGGGGGAGGAGGACGAUGAAGGUAAGGAGGAGGAGCAGAGGGAAGAGGAAGUUCUAACUCUGUGGUCUCUCCCUCAGGUAGUCUAGAGGAGGACGAUGAGGAGGUCCCCCAGCUGCUGCGGACCAGGAGUGAUGCCUCCUUCAUGGGGGUCACCAGAAGAUCAAAGACACACACACACUCUGACCUGCAGCACUUACGCACACACAGAUUCUCCAUCAAUGGACACUUCUAUAACCACAAGGUAACACAUGCAUACGUACACACACACACACACACACACACACACACACACACACAGAGCUGUGCUUACUGGUGACUCCAAAGUUUUAUAUGCUCUUAUUUUGAAAAGAUCUGAAAACCUCUUCAAAAAGUAUCUCGACUAACACUCGCCCUUGUCUUUUCUUACUAGUACUGACUUUGCUCAUAUCUGUUUUAUAGAUUUAUUUUUAACUUACUAUGACUGUGAUAUGUGGAGGUCUCACCUAGUUUCCUUUAUAUGAAUGCACUAACUGUAAGUCUCUCUGGAUAACAGAGUCUGCUAAAUUACUAAAAUGUAAAUGUAAAUUAUAGUGUUCCUCAAAGAUCAGUUUUGGGCCCACUACCCUUUUCACUGUAUAUAUUUGCUCUGUGUGUAUGUGUGUGUGCUCGCACUUGUGCAUGUGUUCUCUCCAGACGUCAGUGUUUACUCCAGCGUUCGGGUCGGUCACUAACGUCCGAGUCAACAGCUCCAUGACAACACUACAGGUCCUCAACCUGCUGCUACAGAAGUUCAGAGUGAGUCUCACACAUACACACACACACACACACAUUUUUACACACACUCACACAAUACACACACACUAGUUUCUCAGAUGUGAUUGUCAUGUUUCUGACUGUCUGUGUCUCCAGGUGGAGAAUAAAGCAGAUGAGUUUGUUCUCUAUAUGGUCCAUGAAUCUGGUGGUAAGUGACCACAUCUCAUGCUUUUAUGCGUGGGUAGGUAUGGAAGAGUAUAUUCAUACGUGUGUGUGUGUGCGUACGGGUGUGUGUGUGUGUUGCAGAGAGAACCCCGCUGAAGAACAGUGAGUAUCCUCUGGUGUACCGUGUGCUUCAUGGACCCUGUGAGAAGAUCUCCAAGAUCUUUAUUAUGGAGACGGAUCUAGGGGAGGAGGUCACACAUGACGUGAGUCUGCGCUCUCGCUCUCUCUCUCUCUCUCUCUCUCUCUCUCUCUCUCUCUCUCUCUCUCUCUCUCUCUCUCUCCUCUCUCUCUCUCUCUCUCUCUCUCUCUCUCUCUCUCUCUCUCUCUCACACUGUAUGUGUAUUCUAAGAGGUGGACUUCCAUGUUGUGGUGGCCCUCCAAAUACAGACCCAUAGCAAUAUCCCAGUGUCAUAAUCAGUGGUAUUUGAUCUAAUAAUAGAAUGCUGAUGACAGACUUUCCUGUUAGGACUGUAUUAACAAUUGGGGCAGUAGCUGUUUAAUUGUUGACUUUGUUAUUGUAGCUGCUACAGUAUUGUUGACAGUGAAUAUAUCCUUCUGUUCAGCUGUUAGGCUUAAAGGUAAAUACUGUUAUUGUUGUUAUUCCAAUACAGCUGGGUCAUCGUAGUUAUGUGGCUGCAUUCUAUUUCUCUUCAGCUUAAUGGGACUCUGGUGCACUGUGUGGACUUGCAAAUCAACAUUUAGUUUUUUACCCUUUCCUGCAGUCAAAUGACCUAGUGGCCUCCUGGGUGGAAAGUUAUUCAUAUUUUUCAUAAUUUCAUAAUUAAUCAACAUUAUUUCCAAAACCCGCAGAAACUCCAGUGUUUCUAUGUCAAGCGGUUUGGUUAUAUUUCAGUCUUCUGUGAUGUAUAUCAAGUGUAAUAUUGGGAUGCAAACUCAAAAUGUAAUACAUUUCAACUCUAUAUCUGACAUGGUACAGGUGUCGUCUUUUUUAAGCCCAUAACCAUGUGUGUGAGGUGUAUACUUUUGUUUCAAAGUAGAUUUGUUUAAGACUACCAAGAAACACUCUGUGUGACCCUGAUUUAGCCCACUGCAGUAAAAUAAUAAAGUACAACGUUUCAGUCACAUACUCUUGGCAGAACAAUUGUACUUUGAUAAAUGUUUAUUUGCAAGUACAUAGUGUGCAAGAGUCCAACCAUUCUACUUCCGUUUUGGCUUCUUCUACUUGCGUGUAAUACAAUGAUAGACCUACUUCAUGUUAUGAGACGAUAUUUCAGGUGUUAUAUGACAAUACUUCUGUUUCUCCCCAGGUGGCCCAGUACAUUAACUUUGAGAUGCCAGUCCUGGAUAGCUUUGUAGAGAAACUGAAAGAGGAAGAGGAGAGAGAGAUUUCUAAACUGACCAGAAAGUAAGUUUACUUAAGGGGUUUACUUAAGGGGUUUGGGUGCUUUUUACGUGUUUUACAUGUUUGUUGUGUUCUUGAGCAACAUUUCCUCACGCAAAACAAUUAUGAACUGUGCAAAACGUACUGUACAACACAAUUUAUGUUAUAACUUUUAUUCAAAGGAAGUAAACAUUGCAGAACGUGACGCAAUGGCUAGCUGCAGUAUUCAGAACUUGCCUUGGAUAAUGUGCCGUGCCAUUUAAGUGCUGUCCCGUCUUUUAAAAAUGAUACAGUUAGUUUGGCAUAUAUUGUUUCUAUGGUCUGUUUAUGGUUUGUCUUUUAGUGUGUUAUUAGUGUGUUAUUUCUGUAAACAUUGUGCUGAACCGAAUGACUUUCACCCACCAGGUCAGAUCACCAAGAAAAUGUUAUGUCCUACUGAACAACAUUACUCUGUGUUGACAUGAUGCCUUAAGGAGGCUAUAAACUACAUCACACACACACACACACACACACACACACACACACACACACACACACACACACACACACACACACACACACACACACACACACACACACACACACACACACACACACACACACACACACACACACACACACACACACACACACACACACACACACACACACACACACACACACACACACACACACACACACUGACACAGCACUGACACAUACACCAUCCCUGUGGUUCAGUUGGUAAAGCAUGGCACUUGCAAUGCCAGCAUUGUGGGUUCGAUUCCCACGGGGGACCAGCACGAAAAAUGUAUGCACUCAGUACUGUAAGUGGCUUUGGAUAAGAGCGUCUGCUAAUUGACUAAAAUGCUUAUGUAAUCCCGGCUGUAGCUUCAAUCAAUACAAUUUAUUUAUAAAGCCCUUUUUACAUCAGCAGAUGUCACAAAGUGCUUAUACAGAAAUCCAGCCUAAAAACCCAAAGAGCAAGCAAUGCAGAUGUAGAAGCACGGUGGCUAGGAAAAACUCCCUAGAAAGGCUGGAACCUAGGAAGAAACCUAGAGAGGAACCUGGCUCUGAGGGGUGGCCAGUAUUCUUCACAUUCUAAUAUAUUUACUACUGUAAAUAAUUGCAUUUUUGUUACACUGUUUAUACACACCGCGUAUUUACAUACUGGAUUCUUAUUUAUAUACUGGAUUAUAUACCGGAUUCUUAUUAAUAUACUGUAUUCUUCACAUAGCUCAUUCUAAUAUACCUACCACUGUACAUAAUUGCAUUAUAUACUGGAUUCUUGACAUAGCUCACUGUAAUAUUUCUACUGCUGUACAUAUCAUUCUUAGUAUGUCUUUUUGGUGUAUAUUCACAUAGACUGCAUUCGGAUUACUGGUACAGUGUUAUUUGGGUUGUUAACUGGAUUCUAGUUUUUGAUUAUUAUUUGUGUACUUGCUUGACAUUUUUACUUCACUGUAACACAGGACCUAGUAACACAAGCAUUUCGCUGCACCCACUAUAACAUCUGCUAAACUGUGUACGCGACCGAGAAACGUUGAUUUGUAGAUGCCUUUAGGAGAAUAUAAACAGGAAGUCUGUUUUCGUCAAAGUGUAAAUAAGACCAUUCAUCACCAUACUGUGUGUGUGUGUGUCCAUAGGUACAGCACACUGAAGACCAUGAUUCUACAGCAGCUGGAGGGCGUCACGGACACUACUGACCGA